ACGCAAAGGGAAAGAACUGUUGUCGGUAAAUGGGUUAUGAGAUCAUAUGCUGAUUAUAAUCUUCCUGGUUGGUAAUGGCAAGCAACUGGAAACUUUGUGGAAUUUGUGAACUACGCAACAUCAGUAAACAGUCAGUCAUAUGGUGUUCAGAUUGUGAGGAGGGUCUCUGUGAUGAUUGUAAGGACCAUCACAGUUUAUCCAAAGGAUCACGUUACCAUGAAACCGUGAAAAUAGCCGAGUACCAGAAAUUACCAAGCAACUUUAUUCAAAUCGCACAGUCCUGCAGAAAACAUGAUCAAAAGUAUCAAAUAUUUUGUAAGAAGCAUGAUUGUCCGUGCUGUAAAAAGUGUGUCGUUGAGGACCAUAAUAAAUGUGAAGAUUUAAAAGAUAUAGAAGACGUCAUAGGCGGUAUUAAGUCUUCAAAUGCAUUCCAAGAUAUUGAGAAGACUCUGAACGAGGUAAAAGAGCAUAUCGAAAGAAUUCGAAAAGACCGUGAAGAAAAUUUAGCGUCUUUGAAAGAACAAAAGAAGAGCAUUGGAAUGGAAAUACAAAAAGCUAAAACCUCGAUCAACAAUCACCUAGACCAACUACAUCAGACACUACUGAGAGAUCUUGAUACAUCAGAGGAAACAGAGAGUAAAAAGAUCCGUCAGUUACUGAACGAAGUUGAGAAGAAGGAAAAAGAGAUUAAAGAUUUUCAAUCUGGGUUAGCAAACAUUAAGCAGUAUGCUUCCAAUUUGCAAAUAUUCCUUACAACAAAAGAAAUGGAACGUGAUUUAGGAAAGAAAGAACAGUUCGUGCAGUCAAUAAUUACAGGCGGGAAAUUGAAUCAUAUGCAAAUGUCAUGGAACAUUGAAAAUAUUUUACAAAAUUUUGCCAUUGACAUUAGAUCCUUUGGAGAAAUAAUUGUUGAUAAUGAGCCGAACAAACUUAUUUUAAGUAGACAUAAGGAUCAACAGGCUCAACAGAUGAUCACUGCACCAGCACCAAAGUCCAUUGGCAACCUGACAAUGGUCUUACGACAGACCAUCAACAUUGGCGCAGCUGACAUCAGAGGAUGUACCAUACUACCUGACGGAAGGAUGGUGUUUACUUGUUACAUUCAAAAUAAAGUCAUAGCAAUAAAGAACGACGGUACAAAGGACUUUGAGAUGAAAUUAGAUAGUUGCUUCGACAUCGAUUACGUAGAUAACAAUAUAAUUGUUGUCACGUCUGGUACAAACAUAGUCGCUCAGUAUAUCAGCCUUGUUGACAUUGAGAAAAGAAAAGUUGUUAGAAAGCUUCAUCUUGGAGAAUACAUUGAAGGCGCAGUGGUCACACACGACGAAAUAUUAAUAUAUUGUGCAAGGGACAAUGGGUUGAAGACGAUUAAUUUAAAGAAUGAAACAAAAGGUUCUGUAAGAUCAGGACCACUAAAUGAAAGAGGAUUUUCAUAUGUAACAGUUUUUAAUAAAAACAUUAUAUAUACAAACAGUUUAUUAAACACGAUUAAAUGCUGUGACUUCCAAUUUACGAAGCAAUGGGAAUUUGAGAACGAAAGAGUUUUACGAGGUCCACAUGGUAUUUCAGUAGACAACGAUGGAAAUGUAUACGUAGUGGGGACCAGAUCAAACACUAUAGUGGUUAUAUCACAUGAUGGAAAACGUCAUAGACAAAUCCUAUCGUCCAACGAAGGUCUUAUCGAACCACAGGCAUUGCAUUAUGACAAGUCAACAUGCUCUUUACUAGUUGCAAACAAACAGGGUCGCACAUUUGUGUUUGAUGUGCAGCAGUGAAAGAAGUGGUUCAGAUUUGAACAAAAUUUGUGCGGAAAUAUCAAAACAGCUAUUGCAAUAUUUAUUAUUUAUUAUGUUUCAUUAUCAAUUUGUCUGUAAAUAAAUUUUUGAAGCCAAGUCUUUAUACAUAUUUGUCAGAGUAACAAAUAUGGACAUAAAGAUAUAAUAGAAUACCAUUUCAAAUAAAAUGUUUUAUUUGAAGUGUUAAAAUGACAACUCCUCAGGGUAAAGUAGCAAUAUUAUACAGGAGUUAUUAUUUUCAUCUUUUAUCAUCUUGAUUCUUAUAUUAAAGUUUAUUCGUUAUUGCCAUGUAAAUCUGGAUGUGCAUUGUAGCAAAUUGGCAAGAUAAACAUAUAGAUUUCUCGUAA